CUCACGGUGAAUUAACGGGAAAAAACGUUUUGAUAGUGUUUGGAAGCGUAGACAAAACUGCCGAGCACUUCAAUCUGAGUUCCGAAGUUGUAAAAUCUCUACUGCAAAAAUCUUUGAAUAUAUUAUACGAAGAGCGAAAAAAGAGACCAAGACCUCACCUGGACGACAAAAUGGUUACUGCCUGGAACGGUCUCAUGAUAAGCGGAUUGUCACACGCAGCCUCAGCCCUGGACAAUUCUCAGUACGUUGAAUACGCCGCGAACACUGCCAAGUUUAUCGAACGCUACCUCUUUGAUCGAGAGAAGCAAGUGCUGUUGCGAAGCUGUUAUCGCGGUGACAACAAUCAAAUUUCACAGACCAACACGCCGAUUCACGGCUUCCAAGUGGACUAUGCUUUCGUGAUACGUGGCCUCCUCGACUUGUACAAUGUCAGUUUUGACCCUCACUGGCUUGAGUUUGCUGAACAAUUGCAGGAUAUUCAAGACAGCCUAUUCUGGGACAGCACAGGUGGUGGCUACUACGCGACCGAGGACAAUAACUCAGUCAUUUUACGGCUGAAGGAUGAUCAAGAUGGUGCAGAGCCGUCGGGAAACUCAACGGCGUGUGGAAAUCUCAUCAGUUUAGCCUCGUACUUGGAUAAUUAUUAA